AAACCACAGGGCGCUGGGCCAGGGCGGCGGCCCCCGGGGAGCCGGUAGGAUGGCAGAGGGCAAGGCGGGCGGCGCGGCCGGCCUCUUCGCCAAGCAGGUGCAGAAGAAGUUCAGCAGGGCCCAGGAGAAGGUGCUGCAGAAAUUGGGGAAAGCUGUAGAAACCAAAGAUGAACGAUUUGAACAAAGCGCUAACAACUUCUACCAACAACAGGCAGAAGGCUACAAGCUGUACAAGGACCUGAAGAACUUCCUUAGUGCAGUCAAAGUGAUGCAUGAAAGUUCAAAAAGAGUGUCAGAAACCCUGCAGGAGAUCUACAACAGCGAGUGGGACGGUCAUGAGGAGCUGAAGACCAUCGUAGGGAAUAAUGAUCUCCUUUGGGAAGACUACGAGGAGAAACUGGCUGACCAGGCUGUGAGGACCAUGGAAAACUACGUUGCCCAGUUCAGCGAAAUUAAGGAGAGAAUUGCCAAGCGGGGUCGGAAACUCGUGGACUAUGACAGUACCCGACAUCACCUGGAGGCAGUGCAGAAUGCCAAGAAGAAAGAUGAGGCCAAGACUGCCAAGGCAGAGGAAGAGUUCAACAAAGCCCAGACUGUGUUUGAAGAUCUGAACCAAGAACUACUAGAGGAGCUACCUAUUCUUUAUAAUAGUCGUAUUGGCUGCUAUGUGACCAUCUUCCAAAACAUUUCCAACUUGAGGGAUGUCUUCUACAGGGAAAUGAGCAAGCUGAACCACAAUCUCUACGAGGUAAUGAGCAAACUGGAGAAGCAACAUUCCAAUAAAGUCUUUGUGGUGAAGGGACUGUCAAGCAGGCGCUCUUUAGUCAUUUCUCCCCCAGUUCAAACAACUAUGGUCUCCAGUCCUCUUACCUCACCUACUAGUCCCUCUACACUUUCCUUGAAGAGUGAGAGUGAAUCUGUCUCAGCAACUGAAGAUCUGGCACCUGAUGCAGCCCAGGGGGACGACAAUUCUGAGAUCAAGGAGCUCUUAGAAGAUGAGGAAAUAGAGAAGGAAGGAUCUGAAGCAAGCUCCUCUGAGGAAGAAGAGCCUCUACCAGCCUGCAAUGGCCCCGCCCAGGCCCAGCCCUCUCUUACCAUUGAGAGUGUCAAGUCCCAGGAGGAAGUUCUCCCCAGCUCCCCAGCUCCAUCACCUGGUGGAGCCCUGAGCCCUUCAGGGCAGCCUUCAUCAUCUGCCGCAGAAGUAGUCCUCCGAACCCGCGCCGCAAGUGAAGGAUCCGAACAACCAAAGAAGAGAGCCUCUCUCCAGAGGACCUCAGCACCCCCUAGUAGGCCUCCUCCACCUAGAGCCACUGCAAGCCCCAGGCCCUCCUCAGGGAACAUACCCUCCAGCCCUCCAGCCUCUGGAGGGGGUUCACCCACCAGCCCUAGGGCCUCCUUGGGGACUGGGACUCCAAGUCCUAGGACCUCCCUAGAGGUCUCUCCUAAUCCAGAAACACCAGAGAAGCCAGUAAGAACUCCUGAGGCCAAAGAAAAUGAAAACAUGCACAAUCAGAACCCCGAAGAACUUUGUACUUCCCCCACCUUAAUGACAUCUCAGAUUGCUUCAGAGCCUGGAGAGGCAAAGAAGAUGGAAGACAAGGAAGAGGAUGAUAAGCUUAUCUCAGUUGACUCCUCAGAGGGCCAAGACCACCUUCAAGUCUCCGCGGUACCAGAAAACAACAACCUCACAGCACCUGAACCUCAAGAAGAGGUGUCUACAAGUGAAAAUCCACAACUCUGAAGAGAAACUGCCCAGACUCCCCCUGCCCCACGCCUCCCCAGAGAAGCUCUUCAACCA